AGUGUUUCGGGCUGUCGUGAAGUGUGGUAAAGAGCUCUGUGUCAAAACACGGAACUGGCGCGAUCAUUUGAAACAGACCAGGCAUUUGAUAGUAUUUUCACUUUAAUGAGGUCUGUUCUCUCUUUUCCCGUUUUAACCUUAUAAUGAAUACAUGCUGUCUGCUGCGAUGCGAAUGUUUUUUUUUAUAAUAUCGCAGAUCUUCACUUUACAUGAACUGUAAGUUCAGCAGUAUCCAAGGACGCGCUGCAGGAGCUCGAUGGACUCAAAAGAUAAUGAACGUGUUUUGCUCCUUGAGGAAGAGGUGACUAGUUUGUCUGAGGAGCUCGCUCAAUGCCAGGCAGACAAGGAGUUUGUGUGGUCGCUUUGGAAGCGGCUUCAAGUGGCCAGUCCAGAUCUCACGCAGGCAGUGAGUCUUGUAGUGGAAAGAGAGAAGCAGAAAGCUGAGAACAAGGACAGGAAAGUUCUGGAGAUCCUUCAAGCAAAAGACUACAGAAUCCAAGAGCUGGAGCAGAAAGUGACGGCACAAGAGCAGGAGAUAAACAACCAAGUCCAGCAGUUGCGUGGCAGUGAGGAGGAGUGCGGUCUAAUGAAGAAAGAACUGGCAGCUCUGCAGCACAGACUGGGGAAUAAGAGUCGACAACUUAAGGAAGCGAGGAGGCAGGCGCAGGAGUGCGAGGAGGAGGGCAGGCGUGCCCUGCAGGAAGCCAGGCAACAAUUAGAUGCUCAGCAUUCGGCCUCUCAGGCAGAGCUGGAGAGAUUGCGGGACCAAGAGGCCGUCAGCAGUUCCAGAGUCAAGAGUUUGGAAGAGGAAGUAUUCAGAAGCAGACAGGACGUGCUAGAGGCUCAGAGUCGCUCAACUGCUUUGUCCCUUCAGCUUUCCUCUGUAGAAAGGGAAGGAGCUGACAAAGAACAGCAGCUCUGUCAAAUCAAGCGCGAGCUACAGGACUUGCAGUGUCUGUACAGGCAGAGUGUGGAACAUGCAGGAGAACAGGCCCAGCUUAUUCAGCAGCUGGAGGGGCUUAACCUGGACACGCAAAGAGUCCUGCGCAGCCAAGAGGAGGCCCACACGGCAGACACUGUCUCCUACCAGAAGCUCUACAGCGAGCUGAGCGUGUCAUACCAGGCCCUUUGGCACAGCCAGGAACAGCUCCGCCAGCGGGAAGCAGCCCUCAGCAUGCAGCUCAGCCAGAGAGAUCAGCAGAUCCAAGAACUCCAGGCACAGCUGCAGAGUUUCACAGCAGCCGCGGGGCACUGUGAGGGCUCCAGGUCUCUAUCUCCAGGUGGUGGCAACAAUGAUGGAGCAGACAGUCAAGAGCGGAUUCAGCGGCUGCAGGAAUUACUCGCACUUAAGACUAAGGAGAAUGAGGAUCUGCGAAGAGCCUAUGCCAAACAUCAUGACCGUUUACGCUUCAUUCAAACCAACUACAGAACAGUGACAGAGCAGCUGAAGAAAGCUGAAGAUACUCAUGACUUGUUAAAACGCAAAACACAACUUCAGCAGGACAGCGGGGAUUUAUGGAACAAACUGGUGUACUAUAAGGAGGAGAACAAGAAGCUACUGUCUGACAAAGCUAAUCUGGAGGAGAAAUUAAAUGCAGCCCUGGAUACAGUUGCAGCUCAAGACCUACAAGAGUGUCGACAGGAGGAAAUGCAAGCUGAGCUUCUGUUUCGGGAAGUGUCAGAGGAUGUCAGGAGGAGCAGCACCCCCAUCAAGACAUCCGCCCGAAGAGUGGAACAUACUUUUAAGAAGAUAGAGCAGUUGCAAAGUCAAAUGGUCUCUCUGGAGAGCGAGAUUGUGCGGUUGCGAGAAGAAAACCGGGCACUACAGGAAGCAAACAGAGCACUGGCAGGAGAGCAGGGUGAUCUGCAGGCCAGAGUCCAGCUCCUGCAUCAAUGCAAGGAGGCCGAGGAUGCCCAGGCCAGUGAGGAACGGGACCGACUGCUUGCCCAGCUGCAGAGUUCUGAGAGAGAAGCAAAAGAGGCCAUGAAAUCUGCCGUCCAGGCCAGACACAGGCUGCUCAAGCUCCGACAGGAUCUGGGAGUCCUUCGAGCUGAGAGAGAUUUCCAUCGGUCUGCGGCCAAACGCAAGGCAAAAGCUGGCACACUGGCUAACAACAAGAUCAGGUCUAAACCGCCCUGGGCUAAUGCCUCCAGCAGAACACGCAUGCGCUCGACGCAGAACAGGAUGGACAGUCCCGCCAAGGACGACUGGGAGGACAUGAGCGCAGACAGUGACAGUGAACAGUUCUCUGACAGCCUGCAAAGUCAAUAUUCUGCUCCGACUCAUAGAGCUUCUCGGAAAACUAGUAAGGGCUGCAGGUACAUGCUGAUCUGCCCUGUAGACGGCCCUGGAGAGGAAUCUCAAACUAGAAACAUCCAAUUCCAAGGUGUCUCCCUGCAGAUGACGAGGAAGAGAAUUUCAAAGUCUCAUGCUGUUUUGCGACAGCGUCUUCUGUCCCUCCAGCAGCAAGUCUCAGCACUACAGGCAGACAAACAAGCAGCACAGCAGCUCGCAGCAGAGCAGAACCACAGACAAGCGCAAGCACAAGUGCAGUUAGACUCCCUUCUCCAGCAACUCAAUGCCAGCAAGCAGCUUUCAAAGCAGAAGCAGGCGUGCGAGCUGGCUGGUCUGGAGCAACAAAAGGCGUCUCUGCAGAUGGAGUUAGAGCAGUGGAGACGUAUACGGCAACAAACGCCAGCGAACCCCCCUGCCAUAGACCCGGAGCGCCUGCAGGCCCAAGUCAAACAGCUCACUCACCGACUGAAGAGUGCCAGCAGUGAGAUGAGCAAACACACUGCUGCUAACAAGAGCCUGAGGGCUCAGUUAGAUGAAAGAGAUCAGACACUGAAGGAACUGCACGAGAGGAUCUGUGUUUUAGAGAGGGAUGUGACGAUGAAAAGGCAGCUGGUGGAAGAUCUCCGGAGCAGACUAAAGAUUUGCCAGGACUCUGAGAGGAGCCACAGAGCAGUAACUGAAGACUUAGAGAAGAAAAUAAAAUCUCUCUCUGAUGAGUCAACUAACCGGAAAGCCCUGGUCGACUCUCUGAAGAGAAGAUUGACAGUUGCCACUGCAGAAAAAAACCAACAUGAGACAACCAGCCAAAAACUCAAAGAGGAGCUUCAGAAAAAGGAGCAGAGAGUGACCGUCCUCCAGGCGCGGAUAGGCGAACGUGAUCAGGCCAUGGCUGAGCUGGAGCAGACUGCGUCCCAACAGAUGCAUGGUUUGGCCGAGCAGAGCUCUCAGGCUCUGGAAACACUGCAGAGAAAACUCACCCUCGCUGAGUCUCAGCUGCACCAGUUCCGCACAUUCACUGAGGCACUGGCUAAUGAAUUGGCACAGAAUGUGCAGGAUGCUAAAGCCUGUUUGAGGAGGAAGAAAAAGAGCGAAAAAGAAGGAAACAGAAUGUCUAAAUGCUCACUAGUGAAAGCAGCGUCUAUCCUCAACAUGACAGAAACCGACCUAGUGGACAUGCUGGACACAGAUGAGUGUGAGGAGGCGUGUGUGGGUCGUGGGCCAGACACAGAUUGGACUGAACAUGUACAACACAUCCUUCAGCAGCAGAUCCCCUCUGCAGGCCUGCUGAUGGACGCCAUGCUGGUGAAGAUGAAGGAGGGCAAAGUGCUGACAGAGGAACUGGCUGCACUUACAGCUGCAGUCAGCAAAAACGCCUGACCAGAGGAAAAAAAAAAAGACGGAAAGGGAGCAAGAGACUCUGGUACUUCUGUAAGAUGGAGUGUGCCCUGCAUGGCAGUGGAGGCCCCUUGUCUACGCAGUACUCCACCCGUUUUCUGCUCUUACCCUCUUGUAGCCCUGUGCCUCACACAACAAACUUUCAGAUAAAUGAUGCAAUAUAAAGUGCUUUUUAUGAUUC